AUAAAGUAAGAGAAGAAGAAGCCGGAAGUCUCCACAAAAAGAAGAUCCGGAGACGCGUGUGAAGAUAGUUUGCUGUCAAAAGUGCGUCUGUUAUUUAUAUCUAUAGUUAAAAAUGAGUCGCUCUUAUAACGACGAGCUUCAGUAUCUGGAUAAAAUCCACAAAAACUGCUGGCGGAUCAAGAAGGGCUUCGUGCCGAAUAUGCAGGUGGAGGGUAUUUUCUAUGUGAAUGAUCCUCUGGAGAAACUCAUGUUUGAGGAGCUGAGGAACGCCUGUCGUGGUGGAGGGUUCGGUGGUUUCUUGCCUGCUAUGAAGCAGAUUGGAAACGUUGCCGCUUUGCCAGGAAUCGUACAUCGCUCCAUCGGUUUACCUGAUGUCCACUCUGGAUACGGUUUUGCGAUCGGAAACAUGGCAGCGUUUGACAUGGACAACCCAGAGGCCGUGGUGUCUCCCGGUGGCGUGGGGUUUGACAUUAACUGUGGCGUCCGUCUGCUGAGGACGAACCUGGACGAGGGAGACGUGCAGCCGGUCAAAGAGCAGCUGGCACAGUCCAUGUUUGACCACAUUCCCGUCGGAGUCGGAUCCAAGGGCGUCAUUCCCAUGGGAGCAAAAGAUCUGGAGGAGGCUCUAGAGAUGGGUGUGGACUGGUCUCUGAGGGAAGGAUACGCUUGGGCCGAGGAUAAAGAGCACUGUGAGGAAUACGGCCGGAUGCUGCAAGCCGAUCCCAACAAAGUCUCAUCCAAAGCCAAGAAGAGAGGACUGCCACAGCUGGGGACGCUGGGAGCUGGAAAUCACUACGCCGAGAUUCAGGUGGUGGAUGAGAUCUUCAACGAUUACGCCGCCAAGAAGAUGGGCAUCGACCACAAGGGGCAGAUCUGUGUGAUGAUCCACAGCGGCAGUCGAGGCCUCGGCCACCAGGUGGCGACAGAUGCUUUGGUUGCGAUGGAGAAGGCGAUGAAGCGGGAUAAUAUCAUCGUGAAUGACCGUCAGCUGGCCUGUGCUCGCAUCACGUCUCCUGAGGGUCAGGACUAUCUGAAGGGCAUGGCGGCCGCCGGCAACUACGCCUGGGUCAACCGCUCCUCCAUGACCUUCCUCACUCGACAGGCCUUCUCCAAAGUCUUCAACACUACACCAGACGAUCUGGACAUGCACGUCAUCUACGACGUCUCGCACAACAUCGCCAAAGUGGAAGAGCACAUGCUGGAGGGCAAACAGAAGACGCUUCUCGUGCACAGGAAGGGUUCGACGCGAGCCUUCCCGCCUCACCAUCCACUCAUACCUGUCGACUAUCAGUUGACCGGUCAGCCGGUUCUGAUCGGAGGAACCAUGGGCACCUGCAGCUACGUGCUGACGGGGACGGAGCAGGGCAUGACGGAGACGUUCGGCACCACGUGUCACGGCGCGGGUCGAGCUCUGUCCAGAGCCAAGUCCAGACGCAACCUGGACUUCCAGGACGUUCUGGAUAAACUGGCAGACAUGGGCAUCGCUAUCAGAGUGGCGUCACCCAAGCUGGUGAUGGAGGAGGCUCCUGAAUCCUACAAGAACGUCACGGAUGUAGUGGACACGUGUCACGACGCUGGCAUCAGCAGGAAGGCCAUCAAGCUCAGACCCAUCGCUGUGAUUAAAGGCUGAAACGACUCACACGUCCAGCUCUUAUGAAGGAGGCGCAUGCAUUAUUGGUUUAAUUUCGGGUUUAAGGGUGAACAUGUUUACACAGUGGAAUAAAAGCGUUGCAUCAGUGCCUUUGCUUGUUUUCCUG